CUCUUAAAAGAUGGCCCUUUCUCAAAGUUGUCGAGUUUUGACCGGUAAAAGUCUACUGAAUGCCAGCUCUGGUAGCUGUAGUGUUUUAGCUAAACAUGCGGCAUCAUCAUGGUCCAAUGUGGAAAUGGGUCCCCCAGAUGUUAUUCUGGGUAUAACAGAAGCCUAUAAAAAAGAUUCUAAUCCAAAGAAAUUGAAUCUUGGUGUUGGUGCUUACCGAGAUGACAGUGGUAAACCAUAUAUUCUACCUACAGUUAGAAAGGCAGAGAAGAUUAUCUUUGAAUCUAAUUUAGAUCAUGAAUAUGCUGGUAUAACUGGAAUUCCUGAUUUUUGUUCAGCAUCUGCUAAAUUAGCAUUUGGUGACAACAGUCAUGCCAUUGGCAAUAAAUUAAAUGCAACAGUUCAAGGUAUUUCUGGCACAGGUUCACUGAGGAUUGGAGCAAAUUUCUUUUCUGCAUGGUAUCAGAAAAGUAAAGAUUUUUAUUUACCACAACCAACAUGGGGUAAUCAUACACCAAUAUUUAAACAUGCCGGUUUGAAUACUAAAAGUUAUAGAUACUAUGACCCAGCUACGUGUGGUUUUGAUUUUAAAGGAGCUAUGGAAGAUAUAUCUAAAAUGCCAGAAGGUAGUGUGGUUGUAUUACAUGCUUGUGCUCAUAAUCCUACUGGGGUGGAUCCAAGGCCAGAACAAUGGAAGGAGAUUUGUCAAUUAAUCAAGAAUAAAAAACUUUACCCAUUUUUCGACAUGGCCUAUCAGGGUUUUGCUAGUGGUGAUAUUGAUAAAGAUGCCUUUGCUGUACGACAUUUUAUCAAAGAAGGUCUUGAAUUGUCUUUGUGUCAGUCCUAUGCUAAAAAUAUGGGACUUUAUGGUGAAAGGGCUGGAGCCUUUACUGUAGUGUGUAAUUCAGCAGAAGAACAAGAAAGAGUCAUGUCUCAAAUAAAAAUUAUUAUCAGACCAAUGUACUCUAAUCCACCAGUUCAUGGUGCUAGACUAGUAUCUACUAUAUUAAAUAAUCCUGAACUUAGAAGUGAAUGGUUAGUAGAUGUUAAGGGUAUGGCAGAUCGUAUUAUUAGUAUGAGAACUAAACUACGUGACCAUCUUUCCUAUCUUGGUUCAUCAAGAAACUGGCAACACAUCACUGAUCAGAUAGGAAUGUUCUGUUUUACUGGACUAAAACCAGACCAGGUUGAAAGGUUAACUAAAGAGUAUUCUAUAUAUUUAACUAAAGAUGGUAGAAUAUCAGUAGCUGGUAUAACAUCAGGCAAUGUGGAGUAUCUAGGUGAUGCUAUACAUGAAGUUACUAAAUAAAGAAAUGGUUGUAUAGUUUGUCAAAAAAGUUCAUGGUGUUAGUAUUACAGCUUCCAAAUUAGCAAAG